ACACAAACACUCAACUUGACUUUGAUUGUAUUCAAUAGCCGUCGAAGAGAAAGAAUGUGGAUGGCUCGGUUGCAUUGAAUAUAAUAUCAAUUAAAAUUGUAUAGACACACGCUAAAACGAAACACAACACCGAAGAACAAAAUAUCAAAAACAAUAUAUACAUUUAUAUAUACAUACAUUUUUAAUAUAACAAAAAUACACCAGCGACAGCGUACAAAAUAAUAAAAAAAAACCAAUUUCAUUUCAUUGCAACCGUAUGUGUUGUUGUCUUCGAAUUUUGAGGAUGACACCGGCAUAUUUGUUUGUUUUCUUCAAAUAAAAGAACACUAUUUACGGAACCCAGUGACCUGUGCGUAAAAAAGAGAGAGAUAGAGAUAAAAAAGUAACAAAAUCACCGAAAUACAUAUGCUGCUGCCGAAGACUACCAUCGAUAAUCAAGCUAAUAUCUGCUAAUGUUCCCUGCAUUUCGUCACUCUCACUUUUCAUCAUAUGAAUGUGCUUGUGCCAAAAUAUUCAUAAUAUUUACAUAAGACACAAUGAACAAGUUAGAGUAUUCACGGCGAAAUGGCACCCAGAAAAUUCGAAUUACAAUUCUGUGUGCGCGAAAUCUAGUUCGUCGAGACCUAUUUCGCUUUCCUGAUCCAUUCGUCAAAAUAUCGGUGGACGGUACGGGUCAAGUAUAUACAACGGAACCAUCAAAGGCGACACUUUGUCCAAAAUGGAAUACUCAUUACGAUUUGUUUUUGGGUCGCGGCGAUGGUAUCACAAUUUCAGUUUGGAAUCAUCGUAAAAUUCAUAAAAAACAAGGCGGCGGUUUCUUGGGUUGUGUUCGAAUUAGUGCCGCCACAAUUCAACGAUUAAAAGACACCGGAUAUCAACAUCUCGAUUUAAGUAAAUCAUCAGCAGAUGACAUUGAUCCGGUUAAAGGGCAAAUUAUCGUUUCGUUAAUGUCACGAGAUGGAUCAAGUGGCAGCAGUGGUAACCCAUUGGCAAUCGUUGGACCAGGCGGUGAUAUUUUAGGACCAACCGAUGAACGUGAAUCAAUUGCACCUCAAACGCAAGCAUCGAAUGCACAACAGGUGCAUCCGGUAUCUACGCAACGAGAACGACCCAGUGAACAUGUUCAACAUGAAGCAUCGUCAACAACAGCUGAGAAUAGCACAAGUCCAGCAUCGAAAAUAACGCCAAAUUUUAAUUUGGCAAAUGGUUCAAAUUUACCCGGUGAUGAUAAUCAAUUAAUAAGUAGACGACAUUCAUCAGAGAUUUUAGUUAGUUUAGGAAAUGAAAAUCAAAGCCGCUCAAAUGAAGCAUCAAAUGGAAAUCCAAAUUGUGUGCGACAAUUAUCAGCUGAUUCCAUAACACCUUCACAUACAAUGGCCGAAACGAGUAUACCGAGCGGAAGUCAUGCGAGUCCGUAUGCACAAACGCCGACAAAUGAAGCGGCCAAACGUUCAUUGCAUCCGCAACAAAUAGGAAAUUUAGUUGGUGAUAUCAAUGCAUUAGCCUUGGACAGUUACAAUAGUCAACAAUCUCGACCCAAUCAAAAUGUUGGCUCCAGUUCCAGCAACACGAACGGAACAAAUGUCCCACCAACAAGCCCAAAUACGGUCAAUGGCAAUGUUAAAACGGUUGCAAACGAUUAUUUAGCAGUGUCACCAUCAAGAUCGGUAGCAGAAUCAACCGAAACACCGCGAGCAAUCGAUGUUCAUCAGCGACCGCGAAGAUCGUCACGUCAUUCAGAUGAAUCGUCAAAUCGUCGUUCAUCGAGGCAAUCUACAUCGAAUGCGGCUGCCGUUAGUUUGGUUCGAAGUGGAGCUCAAUUUGCGCGACCAUCAUUAAAUUUGCCACAUGGAUAUGAAAUGCGAACAACACAACAAGGUCAAGUCUAUUUCCAUCACAUACCGUCCGGUGUAUCAACGUGGCAUGAUCCGCGUGUACCGCGUGAUUUUGACUCACAAAACAUAGCUUUAGAAUCGUUGGGACCAUUGCCAGCCGGAUGGGAACAACGAAAAUCACAAACCGGUCGAGCUUAUUAUGUGAAUCACAAUAAUAAAACGACACAAUUUACGGAUCCACGUUUAAAUGGUCACAUAAUAAGUAUGAUUCGGCGACAAAAUCAAGCGAACAAUUCAUCGAAUAGUUCGUCAAAUGGUACAUCGAGUACACAACAGCAAUCAUCCACAAAUAGUGCAUCGAAUGGUGGUACACGAACAUGCAGUGGUGGUUCGGCAACAGCAACAAAUGAUUCAGCAUCUCGCAUUCCAGCAAUAAAUUCAUCACAAUUACCUGUACCUGCUGAUCUACCACAGAGUUUACUUGAAAGUUCUGAACUUUUGCCAAAGUAUCGUCGUGAUUUAGAUGUGAAAUUACGUAAUUUACGAUCCGAACUCCAAGCUUUGCAACCACAAUCGGGUCACUGUCGCUUGGAAGUGUCACGUGCUGAAGUUUUUGAAGAAAGCUAUAGACUGAUUAUGAAAAUGCGACCGAAAGACAUGCGUAAACGUUUAAUGGUCAAAUUUCGCGGUGAAGAAGGUUUGGAUUAUGGUGGUGUGGCCAGAGAAUGGUUGCAUCUACUAUCACGUGAAAUGCUCAAUCCACAAUAUGGCCUUUUUCAAUACAGUAGAGAAGACAAUUAUACACUACAAAUUAAUCCCGAUUCAGGUAUAAAUCCGGAACAUUUAACCUACUUUCAUUUUGUGGGCCGUAUACUGGGCAUUGCCGUUUUUCAUGGGCAUUGUUUAGAUGGUGGUUUUACAACGCCGUUUUAUAAGCAAAUUCUCAAUAAACCAAUUACAUUGAGUGAUAUCGAAGGUGUUGAUUCGGAAUUGCAUCGAAGUCUCACAUGGAUGCUAGAGAAUAAAAUAACUGGAAUCAUUGAUUCAACAUUUAGUGUUGAAAAUAAUAGCUUUGGUGCAUUAGUUGUACACGAAUUAAAAACAGGUGGUGCAAGUAUACCCGUCACCGAAGAAAAUAAGCGCGAAUACGUUAAAUUGUAUGUGAAUUAUCGAUUUAUGCGUGGAAUUGAACAACAAUUUCAAUGGCUACAAAAAGGUUUUUGUGACUUGAUACCAAUGCAAUUGUUGCGGCCAUUCGAUGAACGUGAAUUAGAAUUGAUUAUUGGAGGACUACAGGCAAUUGAUGUUCAAGACUGGAAGGCAAAUACACGGCUCAAACAUUGUACACCAGAAACACCACAAGUUCAAUGGUUUUGGCUGACGGUCGAAUCGUAUACAACAGAGAUGCGUGCACGUGUGUUACAAUUUGUAACGGGGUCAUCACGUGUGCCAUUGCAAGGUUUUCGUGCAUUGCAAGGAUCAACUGGUGCGGUUGGUCCACGUUUGUUCACCAUUCAUUUAACGGCCGAUGUUCCAACGCAAAAUUUACCAAAAGCGCACACAUGUUUCAAUCGCAUCGAUCUACCGCCAUAUGAAACGCAACAACUUCUCUACGACAAAUUAACACAAGCUGUUGAAGAAACAUGUGGCUUUGCUGUCGAAUAGUUUUUCGAGAAAGAGAUGAAAGAGAGAGAGAGAUAAAAUGUGUCCAAUGUUUUGUGUUUGUUUUCUGUUUGAAUUCGAUGUAAAGUGGCCGAACGAACAGAACUAAUCUAUUUUUUAUUUUUGUCAACUUAUUCAAUGAACUAUAUAUUGAAUUCUUUGCCUACGAAAAUACAAUGUACGUCUUAACACAUUUCGACAACUUAUUAGACCGCCGCGUCGCACAUGCAAUAUCAUCUUCAAAUUGUCACAAUAUAUCCAUACAGACGAUGAAAAGAAAAAUAAAAUAGAACAAAACAUCAACUCCCAAUGGAACCAAUCGAAUUGAAUUGAGGAACGAUUAAGCCUAUUGUAGAUAUAGAAAAAUUCUUUUUUCAAGCGAUUUUGUGUAUAUUUAUAGAGAUAAUAAGUAGACAUUUUUUUUCUCCGAUCGCUAUUGUUAUUUUAACCAUUUAAAUGAAAUCACAUAAAUACGACGAAAUUGUGAAUUAUUGUUGAAAACUGUUGAAUGAAACAUAAAAAAGCAGAAGAAAAAAACAAGUCGAAUGGUUUUUUUUGUACGAUCACAUAAACAAUACAUACACUGACACCUGGACCGACAGAUAUAUAUGUUUUAAUAAAUAAGAAUCGAAAAUGAGUCAAUCAAGAAAAAUCACCGAACGUUAUUCGGCGUAGGACAAACAAAGAACAAACAAAAAACAAUAAUUGCAAUUAAUAAACAAUAAUUUUGAGAAAAUAUUUAAACAAUGUCGAAUGUUUCUUACAUUUUUUUGAUGUUUGAAAAAAAACGAAAAAAAAACACACACACAACAAUUCAAAAUUCAUCGAAAUGCACAAUCAAUGAACCAUCAUGCGCCAAUAUCUCUCAAAAUAAAAGAAGAAAUUAUGCAAUGUGCACAUUGGUAUGAUUCCUUAUCGGCGGAGAUUCAAGAGUAGUAUGCUUAUAAAUAUAGAGACACGAACAAACGAAAAAUCAUAUGGUAUAUCGUUGUACAAGUUGAUAGUCUAAAUUGCUAUGUAUAUUUCAGUAUCACUCUAUCACUUACCAUAAAAUAGACAAAUGAUUCUCACAAUAUACCAUAUUUUUUUAUGUUUGUCAACAGUCACAUAGUCUGAGUAUCCAAUGCAUUGCACUGUGCCUUAAUAAAUGCAAGGCAUAUUUCACAAAGAAUACGAGUGCUAAUUUGUUUGUUUUUUUUUUUUAGAAU